GUCACGUCAUAAGUUUAGUCCCACCCAUUUAAUGACGUCACGCAGUUCCUCCUACUGAAUGAUGAAGCCUGUUGUGCGUUUAUACCAACAAUUUUAUAAGUCAGAAAUGGCUGAGUCAAGAAAUUUUAGAAGAUACAAUUUUCGAGCAAGUGACAUUUCACCUCAUGAAAAAAACAGUUCAAUGAAAAGUGGUCCAUGGGAACAGUAUGAUAUACCGGGAACAAAAAAAUAUGAACUUGGCUGUGAUGUAGAUAAAGAAAAAAUAUUUGACUUUCCAUUUCUGGCAAAUGAAGACUCAGUCUCUUAUCUUCAACAACAUGGAAAAAUAAUGUUUAUAGUUCGUGGACCUCCUGGAACAGGGAAAAAAACAUUAAGUGAAAUGCUUCUGAAGUAUUAUCCAUCUGCUGUAUAUUGCUGUGCUGAUCGUUAUUUCGCCGAAACAUUUACUUCGGAACGAAACAGAGAAACUUUAAAAAAGUCUCACGAUUAUUGUGAAAAGCUAGCCACAGAUGCUUGUUUAAACAGCAAAAGCCCUAUUAUUAUUCAAAAUACACAUAUCAGGAAGUGGGAAAUGCAGAAGUAUUUAAACCUGGCGGCAGCACACAAUUAUACUGUUAUUAUGGCUAUCACUCUAUUCAAGUUUGAUGUAUCUGUAGAGGCUUUGGCUAAAACCAAUUCUGAUGGUUUGAAUUUGCAUUAUUUUAAAAAACGCAUGAGGACGUGGGAUCAUGUUUUGCCUUAUGUAACUGGAUGGUUCUUAUGUCCUGAAGAUGCAUCAUGUAUUCUGAAUUCUCUAAAAAGUUCGCUUAAAAUUCUGCUGAAUGACGGAAGGUUUUGCAGGAUUUUUGAUAUAUAUGAUGAUGAUGCUCUUUUCCACCAUUACAAAGCCAGAAGAUUAUUGUGCUGUGUAGCCAGUUAUGCUAAAAGUAAGGCUGAUAUGGAGAAGUAUUAUUUUUCUGCUCUGGUGCAAAAUUAUUGUGGAAAAAGCUGUGCCAUUACCAUACUUGGUUAUGUUGUAUCUGAAUCAAUAGUCACUGCUGUUGUGCAUAUUGAAGAUGAUUUGAAGUAUCUUCUCUACAAGGAGAGUGUGCAAAUGAAUAAACAUUACAAUGUGGCUGAAGAACUUAAUGCGCUUGAACUUGAUGAUAAUAUAAUGGAAUUUGGAGCAACAAUCCCAUUAAGUCAAGAAUUUUCGGCCAAUGGAAAAACAACAACAUUUGAAAAUUGGAAAUGUGAUGAAGAUAUAAGUGUAACAAAUAGUACUUUUAUUUGUAUAGCCCAAAAGGAUAAUAAUAAGGGAAAUAUUGAAGAAACUAGAAAACAUUUUUAUAAUUCAUUGUCAUCAAUUCAGGAUAAUAAAUGUGAAGAAUAUACUGGCUAUCAGUUCACCCGAUUACCAAAUAACGAAUGGUUAAUUAAAAUUCCACAAAAAAUAAGAGUGAAAACAGUUUUUACUGGUUUUUAUAACUGAAUAUAAGAAAGAUGGUUUCAUUAUUUUGUUACUUUGCAUGUGCUAUUGAUUUUAAUAAAAUAUUUUAAUACCUGAAUAAUUAAUGCCAUUUUAAUUUUUGGAAAUUCAAUUUUUAACAAAAUUUCUAUUUACAUUGCAUAUAUUGUUGAUUAAUAAUGUUGUUGAUAAUUGUAUGCGUUGUUUUAAUAACAAUAAAGGACCAAUCCAGUUAAUUUAUUCACUUGAAAUAACCUGAUAUUUCUCCUUUAAUAUUGUAUUUUGGAUAACAAAUGUCCUUAAGUACAGUGUAUGUUCAUGUAGUACUAUUUGUAUUAUACUUAUUAAUUUGUAUUAUACUUAUUAAUUUGUGUUAUACAUAUUAAUUUGUGUUAUAUUUGAUCUCUUGUUAAUAUUGAGGGUAUUCUUAACAGAGUACAGGUGUGGUGUGUUUAAAAUUGUAUUUGUGCUGCUUAGCACAUCGCCUGUGAGACUAUCUGCGCAGUCGCAAAGCGUUACCAUGGUUAUCAGUUUUUUCUUUGUCAUUGUUAUUGUCAAAAAUAAGUGAAAAUGAUUGUUCUAAA